AUGUCGGAACGCAAGGUGCUCACGAAGUACUAUCCCCCAGACUUCGACCCGUCUCUUAUAACCCGGACGCCCAAACAUUUGCGGGCAGCUGGUCCCAGGCUUAUGACAGUCCGCCUGAUGGCUCCCUUCAGUCUCAAGUGCACAAACUGUGGUGAAUAUAUCUACAAAGGUCGCAAAUUCAACGCACGGAAAGAAACCACCGAAGAGAAAUACCUUAAUAUUCCCAUCUACCGCUUCUACAUCCGCUGCACACGCUGCAGCAGUGAAAUUACCUUCAAAACAGACCCCAAAAACAUGGAUUAUACCUGCGAGCGUGGCGCAAAGCGCAACUUCGAGCCCUGGAGAGAAGCUAAAGGGGAUGAAGUGAAUGAGACCGUGGAUGAGACCUUGGAUAGGUUGGAAAGGGAGGAAGGGGAGAAGGUGGAGAGAGAGGAACGGGAUAAAAUGAUGGAGCUGGAAGAGAAAAUGCAGGAUUCCAAGCGCGAGAUGGCGGUGGCCGAUGCUUUGGAUGAGAUUAGGACGAGGAAUGCAAGGAUUGAACGAGAGGAGAGGGAGGGUAAAGAGGAGGCGGCGCUCUUGAGGGCACAGAGGGAGGCCGAUGAGGAGAGAAUUAAGGCGGAGAGGGAGGACGAAGAGGCAGCAAGACGGGCAUUUAUGACGGAUGAUGGAGAGAGAGUAAAGCGGUUGGUCGAGGAUGACGAGGGAGGUGCAUUUGAUGUGGCCACCCCAGCUGCCGUCAAGCCGGAUACGCCACUUCCGUCCUUUACGAGGGUGCGGAAACCGAAGAAACCAUUUAAUGCGGGUCUUGGGAUUAAGAAGAAAGCUCCGUUGGUUUAA